AUGCUCAUGAAGACAGGAAUACUUUGGCGGGAACCCAAAACUAUGCAAGGGCAUUCAUGCCCUUGUUGCUCUAGAAAGCUGCAGGCUGAGCAUAGCGGCGAUGAGGGCUUUUCCGCAGCUGAUGACCACUCUUUCGCGGUUCCACCCGUCGCCAGUAGUGCACUGUGGGAAGUUGAUGAAAUCGUGUUCGAACCCUUGAAGGGCCAGCUGGGGGAAGCAGCUCCAGCUUUAUGUAUGGAAGCUGUUGCGGAGGAUGAUUCAGCAGCAGUAAGGCGAACUGCAGGUUCAAUAUCUGGAGAGUCAAGAGUAGUGGCGUACUGUAUGCUAGGUGACAGCUGUAUAGCUGCCCUACACAAAAGCGGUCGACUUUGCAUCAUUCGUCGCAAGGAGCAGGUCUCAAAUGAGCGUUCACGACUUUUAUGUGGGAGUACGCAGCUCUCUACCUUGCACUGUCAAAGACACGCCCAUCACGUACAUCCCAGUUGGGUAUUCAGUUAA